AUGGCCGAAACAGAUAUUCAAUCCCCCGAACUCUCGGAGCAGGAAAAGCGAACCGAACUCAAAGACUUGAUUGAACGCGCCGCUGCAAAAGAUGCGACCAAAGAUCAUGACUCUGCUUCUGAGCUCUAUUCCCAAGCUACCGAGCUUCAAGCCGAACUGAACGGUGAAUUAUCCCCAGAAAAUGCCGAUUUGCUCUACGCCUACGGAAAAUCACUCUACAAUGUCGCAGUGAGCAAGAGCGAUGUCCUUGGCUCCAAGGUAGCCGGUGAGCCGGAGUCUGGUACCGCUUCCUCGACAAAUUCUUCUUCCGCCAAGUCGAAAUCCGCAAGCGGCGGCCUUGUCAAAGGCGCCAUUGCAAACUCGGCGCAAACUUCAUCUAAGCACGCAAAGAAAGAAUCAGAGCCUACAGGAUCGAAACCAUUGUUCCAAUUUACGGGUGAUGAGAACUUUGUCGACUCCGAGUCUGAGGAUGAAGAGACUGGCGACCAAGACGAAGACGAGGAUGAAGAUGAUGAUUUCGCUAAUGCUUUUGAGGUCUUGGAUUUGGCUCGGGUUCUGUAUCUCAAAAAAUUGGAGGCUGCAGAAGAAAUUGACGGUGGUAAAGGAAAAUCCACAGAAGUAUCUACAGACACAAAGCACCUUAUGGAGCGACUCGCAGAUACACAUGAUCUUCAAGCCGAAAUUUCACUGGAGGCAGAGAGAUUCAGCGAUGCAGUUGCUGAUUUGAGAACUGUUCUUGAAUUGAGAAACUCGCUAUAUUCUCUUGAGGAUCCCUCAGUCGCUGAGUGCCAUUACAAGCUCUCCCUCGCCUUGGAAUUUGCAUCCGUCCAGCAAGGUGACGAAGAAAAUGAUAAGAAGCCCAAGGUUAAUGAGGAGAUGAGAAAAGAGGCUGCUACCGAAAUGGAACGUGCUAUUGAAAGUUGCAAGAUCCGAAUGGCUCAAGAAGAAAAGAAGCUCGAGGCUGAAAAAGAUGAGGAUGAGGAUAAGGCAAAUGCGACAAAAAGAAAGAUCGCAAACGUGAAAGAAAUCGUCACUGACAUGGAGCAACGGCUUGCUGACCUCCGCCGGCCACCUGUCUCGAUCGAACAAAAUGACCAGUCCAACGAAGCUAUGUUGAAGGGAGUCCUGGGUCAGAUCAUCGGCCAGUCGGCAAUGGAUCAGAAAGCUCAACUUGACGCAGCCAGCAAGGGAGCUACAGAUCUAUCUGCAUUUGUCAAGCGCAAGCCCGCAAAAGACCCAGCUCAAAAGGCUGAGACGACCUCCAAACGACCUGCCGAAGAAGAACAUGCUACGGAGAGUGGCUCGAAACGGUCUCGCACCGACCAUGCGUCCUCUUGA